GUGGGUGGGAGGCACCGCAGACCCCGGGCCCCGAGCUGUUGGCGGGGAGAGGCUUGCAGGAUCCCUGCACUCAGCUGGUAGUGUCCGCGUGGCUGGCAGCAUCCUCCGGCUGCAUUGCAGGAGAUGGGGAAGCAGGCUUUGGAGCUGAGGUACACUGAGGAUUUAAGGUCUCCAGCAGUGCUCCUGUCAUGAUUUGUUGCAAACCCUGGCAGCCCUUCCAUUCUGCUCAAGGAAUCUCAGGUCCUCUUUCAGCUCCUUGGCCAGUGGCCUUGUUGGCACUCUACCCCCGUGGUCAGCCCAGAGCCUCUCCUGCCCAUGCAGUACCCAGCACCCACUGUUGAGGGCCUUAGUGGCCCACUGUCGGGGGCUUACACGCUCCCCACCUUCAAGUUCCAGCCUCGUCGUGAGAGCAUAGACUGGAGGCGCAUCAGCGCUGUAGACGUGGACCGUGUGGCCCGGGAGCUGGACGUAGCCACUCUGCAGGAGAACAUUGCUGGUGUCACCUUCUGUAACUUGGAUCGAGAAGUGUGCAACCACUGUAGGCAGCCUGUGGACCCCGUGCUGCUCAAGGUGUUGCGGCUGGCACAGCUCAUCAUCGAGUACCUGCUUCACUGCCAGGACUGCCUGAGUGCCAGUGUGGCCCAGCUGGAAGCACGGCUGCAGGCCAGCCUGGGCCAGCAGCAGCGUGGGCAGCAGGAGCUGGGGCGCCAGGCUGAUGAGCUCAAGGGUGUUCGGGAGGAGAGCCGGCGCCGGCGAAAGAUGAUCAGUACCCUGCAGCAGCUGCUUCUGCAGACGGGUGCCCACAGCUACCACACGUGCCAUUUGUGUGACAAGACAUUCAUGAAUGCCACCUUUCUCCGGGGCCACAUCCAGCGCAGGCAUGCAGGCACGACAGAAGUCGGAAAGCAGAAGCAGGAGCAGCCACUGGGGGAGGUGCUGGAAGAGCUUAAGGCCAAGCUCCAGUGGACCCAGGGGGAGCUGGAGGCCCAGAGAGAAGCUGAGCGGCAGCGGCAGGUCCAGGAAAUAGAGAUGAGUCGUCAGAGGGAAAUAGAAGCUAAAAAGAAGUUUGAUGAAUGGAAAGAAAAAGAACGAAGCAAGCUGUACGGAGAAAUAGACAAGUUGAAACAAUUAUUUUGGGAUGAAUUUAAAACUGUUGCCAACCAGAACUCUACCCUAGAAGAGAAGCUGAAGGUGCUGCAGUCCUACAGUGUAACUGAGUCCCACCUUGGGUCUCUGAGGGAUGAGGAGUCAGAGGAGCGACUCAUGCAGGCCCAGGAGCUCCAGGCCCUUCGAGAGAAGAUGGAAGCUCAGAAAACAGAAUGGAAGAGAAAAAUGAAGGCACUGCAUGAAGAGCGGGCAGCCGAGAGGAGAGAGAUGCGGGAGGAGAAUGAGAGGCUCCAUGCCACCCUGUCUCAGGACCAGAAGAAGGCAGCUGCCCAGUCGCAACGCCAUAUCAAUGCCCUCCGUGCCCAACUUCAAGAACAAGCCAAGCUUAUCGCGUCUCAGGAGGAGACGAUCCAGACGUUGUCCCUCAGGAAGGUGGAGGAAGUCCAAGAGGUGCCAAAAGCCGUGGACACGGAGGAGGACUCUUCUGAGGAAGAGCUGCAGAGCUCCCAUGAGGAGCAGCGGAAGGUGUUGGCAGCUCUGAGGCAAAACCCCGCUUGGCUGAAGCAGUUCCGGCCCAUCCUGGAGGAUACGCUGGAAGAGAAGUUGGAAGGCAUGGGGAUAAAGAGGAACACAAAGGGAAUUUCAGCUCAGACUCUCCAACAUCUGGAGUCCCUGCUGAAAACCCAGCGGGAGCGGACGGCCCGAAGCUUUCGUGAAUUUCUGAGUCUGAGGGAGAAACUCAAUAAGGAAGUGACUAGCAGAGUGAAGAAGAGAUGGGAGAGCACAGGUGUGGUGUCCCAGUCAGACGGCCAGCCUCCAGUCAAAAGCCAGCGGAUCACACUGGCCACAAGGGAGGCCCGGCCAAAGAGCAGAACCCUGAAUGUGGCGCUGCCAUCCAAGCCAGCACAGCCUUCUACGAACGCUCUUCAGAGCCACAGCAGCCAUGGCCCUGGCCUCACCCAGGUGUCCACCCCCAUUCCACGCCCCAGAGUGCAUGGACCCUCCAGUACCCCUGUUUCCCCUGGGCAUGGGCUGAGCAGCACCCCCCCUUUUAGUUCUGAAGAGGAACCAGAAGAGGACAUGGUGCAACGUGUGUCUCUCCAGCCCCCUAAAGUUCUUCCCAGGUCUGCACCCCAGCCGGAGAGCAGCUGGGGCUGGUCUGAUUCCGAGACCUCAGAGGAGAGUGUCCCGCCCCCUGACAAGGGCUCAGGUGGGCUGCCUUCCUCAGAAACGCUGGUGCAGUCGAUGGUCAAAAACCUGGAGAAGCAGCUUGAAACUCCAACAAAGAAGCCAUCCGGAGGGGUCAGUAUGUUCUUAAGGCCCAACACUGCCCUUCAGAAGUCUUCCACACCUGUGAAGAAGUCUCAGCUUUCUGAGGAUGAGAGUGACUUGGAGAUCUCAUCCUUGGAAGAUCUCUCCCAGGACCUAGACCAGAGAGGAAAGCCAAAACUCCCAGAAAAGCUGGAUGCCACCCCUUGGAGCUCUGGGCGACCCAGGGUUCCUGGCUGGUGAUUCUGCCUAUGGUUGCCAGAGGGCUUAGCCUCAUUGGCUGGCUGGGCUCACCCCAACGGGAGAGGCUGUUAGGCCUCUUGCUCCCACCAGCAACCAAGAAGCCUUUCCCAUGAGAAGAAGCAGAGCUGGAGACAGACAGGACCUCUACCCAUUCUCCCUGUAAGGACUGCUACCUCAGAGGGCUGGGUCCUGCUGCUAUCCCAAGAGGCUGAAUCCUGGAACGGUGUCUUGUAUAAAUGGGAGAAGGGUUGUUGUAGGGAGAGAUCUUACCUACUGUACCAUAGCACUGAACACACCCACUUGGGCGUGGUCACAGGUAUGUGGGUGAAGGCAGGGAUAAAGGACGAGGAGGAAGGGGAGAGCCCUCUCUUGGGGUUCAGAUUGCUGACCUCCAUUUCUCGGCUUCUCUUGUAAGUGACUUCUCCCUAAUAAAGUAUCAUAUGACUUCCCUUCCCUGUA